UUCACUUCGUUAAACUCAGAGUUUCGAAUGUACAGCUGCUCCUUCUUCUGUCUUUGUAUUCCGCUUCGUGGUUUGAUCAAGUUGAGCACUCUGCGGACGGUGGGUUGGUGAUUGGUAGUCUGAAAGAACAAGCAUCGAAAAAGCCAGCCCUGCAGGCCUGCCUUGGCGAUGGAUGACCAAGGAUCAGGAUCGCAAGCACUAGAGCGUAUUGUGGUGUAUGUUUGGCUAGAAACCUUGCUGCCGAUGUUGUCUAUUCAAGACGUAUUUCAUUUUUGUGCUGUCAACAAAACCAUGCGACGGUUGCUGUUCAAUGAAAGCACGUUCAAACGACUAUGUCAGCAACGCUAUAAGCUCAGUCCCCAUUUGGACGUGUCAUAUAUUCGAGUUGCAAAAAGCCUACACAUCGCUCACCAAGUAGCCAGUGUGUGUGACAGCCUCGAUCACAGUACUCUCCGAAUUAAUAAUAAUUAUGAUGAUGAUAUGUCCGAGUACAAGUUUACAUCGGUGGUACGAUUAUUUAGCCUGGCGUUGAAGCCAUACGACUCUCCUGGUCUCGACUCGAGCUGUAUACAUUCUGGUUUACUUCAUCCUCUUAUAAAGAAGAUUAGCCUGUACCCUGAAGAAGGUGAUGUGGAUUUACCGGACCUAUCCCGCAUUAUGAUCAGGAGUAGAUGUACACCUAUCAACCCUGGGAGAUCACCUUCCUGGAGAAAGUACCGCAUUGAAGAUAUAACUCGUUUGCUGUACGACAUUUGUGGCUCGGUUGAACGGUUUCAAGAAGCAAUUAUCAGCUAUGUGGAAAGCAAUAUGUCGGAGCUGGAGGCAUGCUUGCCCUAUGUAAACCGAUCCCGGAGGCUAGUGGCGCUUGCAAAAGGUCUUCACAUCUUGGCCAAGAGGGACACAAGAAUAUAUUCAGUUUUGGGACUAGUUGGCUCAUUUUCCCUUGCUGACCAUCUUGCUGAGUGGACAUAUAAUCCUUAUAUAGUUUCAAUAUCGCUGCUUGAUUUGGAUUUGGAUACCAACUCCGCUCCUUUAAAGCAAGUGCUUCUUACCCAUAGAUGGAUCAAGACGGUUGCAAAGCUCGCAAGCAAUCAUUCCGUACUCACCCUCCUGAUAAUAGGACGCCUAUGCACAUCUCACGUGGACGAUUAUUUCUCAGCUAUCAAGGAGUACGAAGAAGCAGUGCGGAGGAAUUUGCCUCAGUCUGGAUGCCCCAGUCGUCACGAUCUAUACCACGGUUUGGGAAACUUUCUCCUUUCAUCUCCACAAGAAUAUCAAAAUCAGAAGGAGUGGACGAAAGUGGAAUUGGUAGAUGCUAUGGUGAAAUAUGGCAAUGAGCUUACUGGCAAGGAUCCCGCUGACAAUUGAAACCCGGAGAGUUAUUAGUUAUAACGUUAGCAGCUCAUUUAGAUUAUGAACAGUCCGUCGAAAUAAGAAUUAUGGCAUUAGUAGUAUAUUGCGGUAGGGUUUCUGGCUCAAAAGUGACCUUUGACCUUUGGGUGCCAAAUAAGGAAGAACAGUCCAUAUAUGGUAGAUGACCAUAGACCUUUGAUUUGACAUUUUGACCUUUGAGUUACCAUAAUAAUGAUGAAUAGUCCAUAUAUUGCGGGAUAUGACAGUUGACCUUUGGCUUGACCUUUGACCUUUGAUUUU